CACAGUGUCAAUAUCAUAUCAUGGUUAUUGGUUACAUUGAAUUUACUUAUCUGCUGGUGCACCAUCCGCAGACAACUGGAAGUCUGGAACAGGCAAAACUUUCCACCUAGAUUCACUUGUCUUUGGUCCUUCUUGAUUUGUCCACUGCGUGCGUUUCUUUUCCCUCAAUUUUUUUUUGAUCCACGGAGCCAGAAUUUUGUUACCUCAUCUUGAAAACUAGACACUAUUAUUAGCUGCUUGGUACUAGAAACCCCACUGUAUAUCUUAGUUCCUUUAGAAUUAGAAAAUCCGAAGUAUCUCUGUUCUUGAUAAUGCUUGCUGGGAAGUUCUUUGUUUUCUUGACUGUUAGUCUUACUAGUUGCUUAGGGUUGCUGGCGUUUUUUGAGGCAAAGCUGGUUCAAGAAGAAGUUGAUGCACUUGAAGAAAUUGCACGGACAUUGGGCUCUAAAUACUGGAAGUUCAAUGCUGACACUUGCGAGAUUGAAUUGGUUGGGGUAACUCAAGUCCCACCAAAGAACGCAGAGCAAAGGAUAGAUUGUGAAUGCAAGAAUGGGAACAAUACUGAUUGUCACGUCACAAGAAUGGAGCUCAAAAAGUAUAAUCUUCCUGGAGUGCUUCCGCCUCAACUUGUUAAGCUUCCCCACCUCCAAGUAGUUGAUUUUGCGUACAAUUACUUGAAUGGUACGAUACCACGUGAAUGGGCUUCAAUGCAGUUAACCUCAAUCUCUCUUCUCGUAAAUCGUUUGUCAGGGGAGAUUCCAAAGGAAUUGGGAAAUAUUACCACUCUCACCUACCUGUCCCUUGAAGUGAACCAAAUUUCUGGCAUAAUCCCCCCUGACCUUGGAAAAUUGAUCAACUUGCAGACACUGAUGCUGUCCUCCAAUCGUUUUACUGGAAACUUGCCAGUGUCAUUUUCUGGACUAAUAAAUCUAACAGAUUUUAGGAUAAACGAUAACAACUUCAGUGGAGCCAUUCCUAUCUUCAUACAGAAUUGGAAAAAGCUUGAAAGAUUAGAAAUGCAUGCAACUGGACUGGAGGGACCUAUUCCAUCAAACAUUUCUCUUUUGAAUAAUUUAGUUGAGUUGAGAAUAAGUGAUAUAAAUGGACCAACCCAGAGUUUCCCCAUGCUCAAGAAUAUGACAGGCAUGAUCAGAUUAACUCUGAGGAGCUGUAAAAUUUUUGGGGAGAUCCCUGCAUACCUUUGGACAAUGAAGAGUUUGGAAUUAUUGGAUGUCAGUUUCAAUAAGUUGGUUGGAAAAAUUCCUGCCAGCAUAAGUGUAGAUCGCCUGCGAUUCAUCUUUUUAACUAGAAACUUGCUAAGUGGAGAUAUAUCAGAUUCAAUCUUGAAGGAUGGAAGCAACGUUGAUCUGUCAUAUAAUAACUUUGCAUUGCAAAGCCCUGGGCAACCUGUUUGUCGAGAAAACAUGAAUCUAAACCUGAACUUGUUCCGUAGCUCUUCAAUGGGAAACAGCUCAAGGCGAGUUCUUCCAUGCAUGAAGACUUUCCGCUGCCCUAAAUAUUCAAACUGUUUACAUGUUAACAGUGGUGGAAAGGACAUAACCAUCAAUGAAAACAAAACAACCUUGUCAUAUGAAGGAGAUGGACAAGUAGAAGGUGGUGCAGCUAAAUAUUUUGUAAAUGACCAAAGCUUCUGGGGUUUCAGUAGCACCGGGGACUUUAUGGAUGAUUAUGAUUACCAAAAUACUCGUUAUACUGUAUCUCUGCAAUCAUCAACCAUCCCUGAAUUAUACCAAACAGCUCGCAUAUCCCCAAUUUCUCUUACCUAUUUCCAUUAUUGCUUACAAAAUGGGAACUACACAGUAAACCUUCACUUUGCAGAGAUACAGUUCACUAAUGACCAUACAUAUAACAGCUUAGGCAGGCGUAUUUUUGACAUUUAUGUUCAGGAAAGAUUGGUUUGGAAAGAUUUCAAUAUUGAAGAUGAGGUUGGCAGUGCUGAAAAGCCUUUAGUGAAACAAGUAUUGAAUGUCAAUGUGACUAAUAAUAUGUUGGAGAUCAGAUUCUAUUUUGCCGGAAAAGGGACAACAAGGAUUCCUGAUAGGGGAGUUUAUGGUCCCAUCAUAUCAGCCAUCUCUGUAUUUUCUGAUUUGAAAGUUUGUUCUAGUGGGAAAAAGAAGGGAAUUGUUUAUGUGGUUGUUGGAGCUGUUGGAGCAUCAUGCCUGGUUGCCAUUAUACUGGUAAUUCUUUGGUGGAAAGGAAACUUGCCAGGAAAAUUGCGCAGGAAAAGAGAUGUCAAAGGACUUGAUUUUCCAAAGGGAACAUUUUCUCUGAAGCAAAUUAGAGCUGCCACAAAUGACUUUGAUGCUUCUAAUAAGAUUGGAGAAGGUGGUUUUGGUCCUGUAUACAAGGGUCAAUUACCUGAUGGUACUGUUAUAGCAGUGAAGCAACUUUCAUCAAAAUCACGGCAAGGAAAUCGUGAAUUCUUAAAUGAGAUGGGCAUGAUUUCAUGUUUGCAGCAUCCGAAUCUUGUCAAGCUGCAUGGAUGUUGCAUUGAAAGUGACCAGUUAUUAUUGGUUUAUGAGUACAUGGAAAAUAAUAGUCUUGCACGUGCUCUGUUUCGUCAUGAAAACAAUCAGCUUAAUCUGGAUUGGCCUACAAGGCUUAAGAUCUGUAUUGGGAUAGCUAGAGGUCUAGCUUUUCUCCAUGAAGAAUCAAGACUUAAGAUCGUUCACAGAGACAUCAAAGCUACAAAUGUGCUACUUGAUGGGAAUCUGAAUCCUAAAAUAUCUGAUUUUGGAUUGGCUAGGCUUGAUGAAGAAGAGAAGAGCCACAUCAGCACCCGAGUUGCUGGAACUAUAGGAUAUAUGGCACCAGAAUAUGCACUAUGGGGUUACUUGACUGACAAAGCAGAUGUUUACAGUUUUGGGGUUGUUGCUUUGGAAAUUAUUAGUGGGAAGAACACCAAUAACUACAUGCCAAGCAACAGCAGUUGUGUUUGUCUCUUAGAUUGGGCCUGCCAUUUGCAACAAAGUGGGAGUUUUAUAGAGCUUGUUGAUGAGACGUUAGGAUCUGAAGUUAACAUAGAAGAAGCAGAAACUAUGGUUAAAGUAGCUCUCUUGUGUACAAAUGCGUCCCCUACACUUAGACCUACAAUGUCUGAGGUAGUGAGCAUGCUUGAAGGACGAAUGGCUGUUCCUGACACGCGUCCAGAACUGAGUUCAUAUAAUGAAGAUUUGAGGUUCAAAGCCAUGAGAGACCUCCGUCAGCACGAGCAAAGUCAUAGAUUCAGUGGGAGCCAAAGACAAAAGUCAACCUCUAUUCAAACUUUUAGCUCUUCAUCUAUAUCUGAGAACAGCAGUCAUGAGAUAAGCUUAGAACCAAAGCUCUAAUCAUGUACCCCAGAUCAUAUGGGGUUCUCAAAGAGUCCUUGACAUGAGGAAACGAUGCACAGGCUCUCUCACUGUUGUGAUGUUGGGUUUCUGCUAUUUAUUUGAAAUUUAACUCAGCGUGACUACAUCAUUCAGCUUAAGAAAUUAGCGAGGAAUUCAUCGUUACAUGUUAAAUAUUAUGUUGCAGUUUUUUUUU